CAAUACAUAAUUUGUUUUUCAAGACUUCGUCAGACAUAACCUUAAUUUACUGUAGGAAUAUUCGCAUUUUGUUGCCGGCUUUUUAAUCGACAAUAUUGUGUUUUUAAGGAUUAUUUUGAUUGAUGAACAUAAAAGUAAAUGGGGAAAGAGGAAGAAACAGACAGUAAACCAACGUCCAAUGCGACUAAACCAAUUGAACAAGAAAUGUCUCAAGAAAUGGAUAUGUAUCAGACCAUCAUUACUUUUGAAGAGGACGAAGCACUUCAGCGCUCAUCCGAAGAAGAUGCAGAAAGUUUCUACAACACUUGCAAUCAGAUCCGCAGAAACAUGGCCAAGAUAGCCAAACUCAAGUCUGUCAGCGAAGCUAAUGCAAAAGAGCAAAUUAGAGAAUUACAAAUUGACACUGCAUUGGCAUUCAUGGAGUUGAAAAAACUAAACAGAAUGGAAAAAUUUCGAACCAAGUCUUCUCGUGAUUCUUUAACUUUAGCUAAAAGUAAUGUGGAUAAUAGGCAUUUGCAACUGCAAAAUUUAUUGUAUGAGGUAAUACAUUUGAAGAAAGAAGUUAUGAAGUGCUUGCAGUUUAAGUCUAAGGACGAAAGUAUAGAACUAGUUCCAGAGGAAGAAUUUUAUAAAGAAGCACCAGAAUCUAUUUCUAGGCCUGAUGUAACUAAAGAUGACCCUCACCAAAAAAGAUUAGCUAGACUUGAAUGGGAGUUGACUCAAAGAAAACAAUUAGCUGUUUUGUGUGAUGAACUUACGGAAAAUAAAAAAUCUGUUGCAACAAGUAUAGAAUCCAAACAAUCGCGUUUAGACAAUCUUGCACCCCAGAUGCGCAGCAUACUAGAGGCCAGUAAGCCAUUACAAGAAAGUCUUGGCCUUCCUUUGGACAAACUAAAAUUGGAACAUCAAAAAGCUGCUCUACUAGCACCUCCAUUGUAUAUACUGUAUGCCAAAGCAAGUGCAUUCAAGAGUGCCUGUGAUUCCAGUUUACUUGUUUCUGUAGAAGGUGACGAGGAAGAAGCCAAACGUUUUUCUAAUCAAGAGAAUAAUGUAGAAUCUGAUUCUGAAACUGAUACACAACCAGAGAUCGUAGAAACUGAGACUCCUGUACAUAAAAAACGGCAUCACAGAAUUUCAAAAGAAGCUAGACAAGAAGAGAAAAAACUUAAAUUACUUCACAAACAUCCUCUUAGUGUUAAAAUUAUUGUUUCGUUCAAAGAUGAUACAAAACUUAAACUACAAUUUUAUUAUUUAACUGUAUUAAAAGUUAUAACAGUAAAAUCAGAUUUACUAACUGUGAAUUUGGGAGGAAUCAGUGCUGGAGACAUGCUUGUUUCCGAAUCUGUUUUACGUGAAUUAUAUCCAGGAGAUACAGGAAUAGAAAGUCCAAAUCCUGCAAAUUCCUAUCAGUUAGCAAAGCAAAAACUUGGAACAUUUUUAUCUCUUAAUCUAGGUACUCCAUACAAGUGGGCACAAAGGAUGGCUGACCUGAAGUUCAUUCCCGUUGACGCCCGAGAACAAAAGUCUGUAGAUCCUGGCAGCGGUCGAGACGUCGUUGAAAGUGUGAUAAAAGACAUUAAAAAACGAGUUAAAGCAAGGCUAGACUUGUGUGCAGAAAUACGGCAUUUGGAAUCUGGCAAUUUACCCAUUUUGACAGAUUCAUCUGAGCCAAUGCCGCAAAAAAUAUCGACAGUACUGCACAAAUUUAUGAUUUCGUCAUGGAAAAACUAUUGUAGCACAUUCAGGAAUAUGGAAUCUUCCGGACUCGACACCAUCUGUUCCUCAGAUAUAUUUUAUGAGGCAAUUUUGCGGCGAGAAAGUAAUGAAAUGGUAGUAUACAUAGUGAUUAAACCAGACUAUCCAAAAGUCAGCUCAAUCUUUCGCAUAAAAUUCAACUCAAAAGUACCCGCAAGCGUGGAUGCAGUACGUGACAUAGAGCGUGAAGUUAACGUAAUGUGGGAUAAGCUACCUACGUUAUCGGUUCAACUUCAACGACUCAGGUCCUGUUUUGAUAUAUAUUUAGAGACAGAGAACCUGGUGACCAAGGAGAAGAUCUUCUUUAAUUCUGUUAGAGGUAGAACGCGAGAACGUCCAUACAAAUAUGUGGAGAUUGGUGGAGGUAUUUUUACUCAUCGCUAGAUAUGUAAUUUUGUACACAUGCAAAUGUAGAAAUUUAUUUAAUCAAUUCAUGGCUCUGUCAAAACCACUUUUACGAAUCGGAUGAUCGCAGUUUUAAAAUGUCAACGGAUUUUAAUCUAUCAUUGGUACUCUUGCAUCAUACACUUUGUAAUAAAUAACUUGAGAUUGAUUUUUUUAUUUUUUUUUUAUUCGAUUGUAAUACAUAUUUUAAUAUAUAUAUAUAACUGCAAAUAAUUCACAUUAAAAUAUUGCACAUUAUGUCUA